AUGACCGCAAGCCUGGCUCAGCUGAACUUCCUGGAUCUGGAGGUAUCGGGCAUGGACUCCACCCGCUUAGAGGGUCCGCAGAUGGACGCGGCCACCUACAAGGCGAUGGUGGGUCUACAGAGCAUGCCUCGGAUGGCUGUGGACAAGCAUACAGCUUGCAGUGGUAAGGAGUGGAACUAUGCCGACCCGAGCUGCUGGGCGGAGCAAUUCCCUCUCUGCCGCAAUGGCCAGAGACAGUCGCCCAUCGACGUGAAGAGGUCGACGGUGCUGGGAUCUGGCAAGGACAACUUCUUAGCAGCUUGCAGUUGGCGGCCAGUCGAGAACAUGCAUGUGGUGAACUUUGGCAAGGGCCUGGCGGUGCCGGGCAAUCAGUUAGGUUACAUUACCAUGACCGGAGAGGAUGGAUUUCCUCAAUUCUUUGAGGUGGCACAGAUCCAGCUGAAGAUGCCCUCAGAGCACUUCAUUGAUUCUCAAGGUUUCGGUGCGGAGCUUCAGAUUGUCCACAGGAAUCAACAAACCGUGACGCAAGGCAUCAACUCGGCGGAUUCCUUUCCCUUUGUCACCACAUCCUUUUUCUUUGAGAUCGGCGACAAGGAGAGUUUACUCUUCCAGCUGAGGCUUUUUCUUCCAGGGAUUUUGGAGGCGGACACCUAUCGUGUCAUCCCACAGCCCUUAGAUUUGAUGCGGCAUUUGGGCCCUGCUUUGGAUGGUGCGCGGGGCGUUCCGGGCGCAGAAUUCCGGGUUGUGGCGCAGGUAAGUCGCCUUGUGUCACAGGCAUUGACCCAUCAUGUUUCAUCCAUCACUUUCACCUUCAUGAAGCUCAGGCGUCUUCCAAAGGAAGGAGCAGUGCCUGCGGAGCGUUCCAUGGCGGACGACCUCGAAGAGGAGACCGAAAUCCUCGAGGACGUCGAUGAGGAGGAGACUGAAGACGUUCAGGCGGAGGAGAGUGAAGACAACGAAGACAAUGCGUCAGACCCCGGCGAGGGUAGUGUUCAUGGGGAGACGGUGACCCAGGAUGAGGUUCUGGAGAAGUACAAAGCACCCUACGAUCAAGGCCUGGACCGCGUGAAGUUCCCCGCCGACAUCACUCAGGAGAUCCAGCGGACGUGGCAGAAGUUCCUAACUCUUGCAGGUUCACCGGAACACGCGGGGGAAUUGAUCUUCAACGCCUGGUGGGGAGCCGCCCCCUCCCUUCACUCGUCCUUUCUGACACCACGGACGGUGCUCUACCUGCGGCUGGUGCAGGGGAUCUCGCCAGUGAUCUCAGCUUUGUACCACCCGACCGAAUUGAGGACCCAGAUCGAGAUCAUCUCCUUCCGUCACUUGGAUCGGCCCGUGAGCACCCAGGGCGUGGAGAUCUUGCGGGAUGCCAUGCUGGACAUGUGGGAGGCGGAGCUGCAAGGAGACUUCACUCCCAAGGCUCGCCUUGGCUGGUUUUCUCUCCUGAACUAUUGGGGCGGAGCACUCUGCUAUUUUCAACGCGAGCACGCGACGCGCAUCAAGAUCAUCCACCGCAGCUGGCGAGAGGCCAACAAGUCGGUGGCACUGCCAGAAGAAGAGGAGGAGAUGAGAUGCGAGACGUGA